AUGGAUUCUCCGGUUCCAUUUGAAGGCUUCGUAUUGACCGAGAAGAAUAUUGAUUCUGUUUCCUUCACUGUCUGGUCCUUCAGAGAUAUAAAAGCUGCCAACAUCUUGCUAGACGUCGAUUUCAACACUAAGCUUGGCGACUUUGGAGUAUCUAAGCUCGUCAACCCCCGAUUCAUGACUCAAACGACCGAUGUGGUGGGGACAGACGGUUAUUUGGCACCAAAAUAUCUCAAUGGACGGAAGGCUACUGGAGAGUCUGACAUAUUCAGCUUUGGGGUCGUGGUUCUAGAAAUCGCUUGCGGUAAGAGGACCUAUCAGGAUGAAGAAAUUCAUGUCCCACUGCACAAGUGGGUCUGGCAGCUUUACCUUGCUGGAAAUAUGCUUGAAGCAGCGGACGAGAAGAUGGGUUCGAGCUUUGAUAGGAAGGAAAUGGAAUGCUUGAUGAUGGUGGGACUAUGGUGCGUGCAUCCAGAUCCCAGGAGAAGGCCGAAAGCAGGAGAAGUUAUCAGGUUUCUCCAGCUAGAAGUCCCUGUGCCCGAGCUUCCACUCGCCACAUUCGAGGCUCCAACUUUAUAUCAGCCAUCACCGCUAAGGAUAGGAUCUUCUUUAUCUUCUUCUUCAAUUCAAGCAUCUGUUCCCGAUGAGCAAGAUGGACCAUGGCUCCCCAAGCCACACGGCAACACGUUGAUUUUUGGGAUGGAGGAGGACAAACAUGGGAGUCAGUGA